UUGUGAAAUAAAUCAAUCUGAAUCUGCCUGUGCGGACGCCGCUGGGGAGGGAGCAGAGUCCCGGCCUGCGGGGAGCCUGGGAGCCAGCCCCCCAUCUGCUCCCAGCCACACACCCCCAACCCACACCAUCGCUUGCAUGUGGGUGCCUGGGGGCCAGGAGCUGCCAUGCUCAGCCCCUCUGAUAGGGAGAGCAGCAGCAGUAGCAGCAGCAGCCCCGGCGUGCUGAGCCUUGGGGCCGGGAGCAGGGAAGACGGGGAGCCAGAGGGAGAGGAGAAAAUCUGCGCCGUGUGCGGCGACCGAGCCACCGGCUACCACUUCCGUGUCAUGACCUGCGAGGGCUGCAAGGGCUUCUUCAGGCGGUCGAUCAGCAAGGGCGUGUGCUUCACCUGCCCCUUCACCCGCAACUGCACCAUCACCAAAGCCAAGCGCCGGCAGUGCCAAGCCUGCCGCCUCCAGAAGUGCCUGGCCGUGGGCAUGAAGAAGGACAUGAUCAUGUCAGAGGAGGCUCUGCAGAUGCGCCGGGUCCUGCGGAAGCAGAAGAAGCAGGAGCGGGAGCUGGCGGAGGAGCCGGCGGAGCUGACAGAGGAGCAGGAGCAGCUCAUCAGCAGCCUCAUUGAGGCCCACAAGAGGCACUUUGACUCUGGCUUCUCCCAGUUCGUGCAUUGCCGGCCCCCGGUGCGAUUGUACAUCCACAGCCUGAGCCCUCAGAGCCCCCAGGAGCCCAGGGUUCCCCAUGUCCUGUGGGGGCUCUCCCAGCCUGAGGAGGGCGGCCCCCUGGCCCCCUUGCAGAGCCUGCAGGGGGACAUGCUGCCUGACAACUUCUCCAUGCUGCCCCACUUCGCCGACCUCAGCACCGUCCUCAUCCAGCAAGUGAUCAAAUUCGCCAAGGAGAUCCCAGCCUUCAGGAGUUUGCCGAUCGAUGACCAGAUUUCGCUUCUCAAAGGCGCCACUUUGGAGAUCUGCCAGAUCCAGUUCAACACGGUCUUCAACGAGGAGACCAAGGCCUGGGAGUGCGGCCAGCACUGCUACACCAUCCAAGACGGCGCCCUGGCUGGGUUCCAGCAGAUCUACCUGGAGCCGCUGCUCAAGUUCCACAUCAGCCUGAAGAAGCUGAGGCUGCACGAGGCCGAGUACGUGCUGCUGCUGGCCAUCGCCCUGUUCUCGCCUGACCACCCUGGCAUCACCCAGCGCCACACCGUCGACCAGCUGCAGGAGAAGAUGGCCCUCACGCUGAAGAGCUACAUUGACCAACGGCACCCGCUGCCCGAAGGCAGGUUCCUCUACGCAAAACUGCUCUUGCUGCUGACUGAGCUGCGGACGCUCAAGGUGGAGAACACACGGCAGAUCCUGCACAUCCAGGACCUGACCGCCAUGACGCCGCUGCUCUCCGAGAUCAUCAGCUAGAGCCCAGAGUCAGGACCUGCUGGCUGGCCCCCCUGGCUGGGGCCAGGAUCCCACUGGACCAGGGCCCCCUCACUGGGGUGGGUACCCCACUGGACAGGGCCUCCCCUCGCUGGGGCCGGGACCCCACAGGACCAGAAACCCCCCCCCCCCAGCUACUUUCCAGGCCCAUCUGCUGCCCCCCAGGAGCUCAAGGACUCCUCGGCUGAGUCCUGCAGCCGGAUCCAGCUGCCCAAACUUGUUGCUCCUGGCUCAUUUGAUCCUCUCCCUUCCACUCAGCGAAUCCAACCCACUCUCAGCUCCCAGGGCCUGGGCCGGCUGUGGCUCUGGGGAAUCAAAACCGACCCCUCGGCUCAGCUGAGCCCCUGCCCGGCCAGCACCGCUUGUGCAGAGCAGCCCAGGGACACGGCUGAAACGGGCCAGAACCAGCCUGCAUCUGGACCAGACGCGAGCCUCACGCUUGAGCCCAGGCAGGCCCAGAUGCUGGACACUGCAGCCAGGCAGGAGUGGGACUGGGCAUGUGGCCAUUCGGUUCCACCUGCAGCCUCUGGGGCUCUAGCCCGUCUGUCAAGUGUCACCUUGGGCCAGUGUCUGCACCGGAGCCUAGCUAGGCCCAGCGCUGGGAGCAGGAACGUUGGGCAUGGCUGAGAGUGAGACACCAGGUGGGAAGGGGAGUCACACCCAUAAGUGGGGCAGGCCCUGUGAUUCCCCAUGGCCUGCUCUGGAUUCAGCAGGCAGGGUGGGGCUGCCCACUGCCGCUCACAGGCCUGGAGGAGCACCCAGCCCAGGAUGUGCCAGCACCUGCAGCCAGCCUGGCACGAGGCCUGCAUCCCCCAGCCCUGUGUGGGGCCUGCCCUUCAGCCCCCACAAACCUGACCCCUGCCUCUGUGUGGGGCCUUCCCCCCGUUCCAGAGCCUGUGCCUUGGCACUGCCCCACCCCAGCACUGCCUCCUGCCCCAUACAAAGCCUGCCCCCCUCUAUAUAGGGCCUGGCCCUCAGCCCUGCUCCAUCCCACAGGGAAUGCCCCCCUCAGUCCUGCCCCCCCAAUUCAGGGCGUGCCUCUUGACCCUGCCCCUCCCUAGCACAGGAUCAGCGCCCUCCCAGCCCGCUGGCCACACAGGAUUGACCCUUUUAAACAGGGAAACUGAGGCACCAAGCAGUGCUGUGACUUGAGCCUCUGGCUGUUGGUUUCUCAGCCUGGCUCUGCUCCCAAGGGCCGUGGCUCUAGCUGCCAGGAGCCCAAAAGUGCUGCCAGCGUAGCCGAGAGGGGCCCAGCUGGGGGGCCAAGGAGAUUGCGCCCGUUUGCCCGGCUGCCCUUGUAGGGUGGACGAGGUCUUAUUGGCUGAGUCCCUCAUGGCCCUGGACAUGGGGAGGGUAUUUGUUUGAGGCCUGUCGCUGGAGUUGUGAGUGCUCAGCAUAGGCCAGUGCCCAGAGGCCCUGGGGUCAGAGGGCACAGAACCCAGGUGUCCUACUUGUCCCGGGUGUGCCCGUUUACUCCAGCGAGAUGCUCCCAGUGCAGGGGGGCCCCACCGGUGCCAGCUUUACCCAGGCUUCAAUAACCCCCCUUCACCAUGCGUGGUGAUGUUGUGUCACCCCUGCCGUAGGCACUUUCCCCUCCCUCAGCCAUGCACACCUGGGCUAUCGCCCAUGGCCACCCCACAGCUCCAGGUCAUGCCACCAUGGCUGUGUCUGGGGGGCUCACGAGGGGCUGGGCUGCUGGCAGGGUGCGCAGGGAAGUGGCACUGUGGCUCCUGGGGGCAUAGCUCGGGGGGGCACAUGUGGAGUUGGGCUGCUGGGGGUGGGGGUAGGGCCAUGGUGCCUGGGACAUGUCUGUCACUAGCACACUUUAGGGGCCAAAUUAAAGCCUCAUUUAUUUA